UUAUUCUGGCUUUGCCUCUUGUCAACUGAAGCAACACCAUGCUGUCUCUGCACCUAAAUCUUGAGUGUAUUGGCUUCAUCCUACUCCUGAGGACUUUGGCACAAACAGGAAUUAAUGCCAAACCUUCACUGUCUGCCUGGCCAAGCCAUAUUGUUCCUCAGGGACAGAAUGUGACCCUCACUUGUGACACUCACAAUAAGUUUAACAUAGUCAUGCUGUACAAAGAGCAUGGGGAUCCUAAACUUCAGGUCUAUAAAAGAAUGCUCCAGAGGAGUCUUCUUUUGGGACCUGUGACCCGAGCAUUUGGAGGAACCUACAGAUGCUAUAGUUAUACAGGUCAACACCAUAAUGAGCUCUCAUCACCCAGUGAGCCUCUGAAGAUCAUAAUUUCAGGAAUCUACAGGAAGCCUUUCCUCUUGGCCCUACCAACUCCCUUGGUAAAAUUGGGAGAGAAGGUAAUAUUGAAGUGCCUAUCAGAGAUUACAUUUGACACUUUCACUUUGACUUCACAUAGAAUGGGAAUAAACAAGAACUCUCACCAGCUUUCUGCAGAAAUUCAUAUGACGGGGUCCCAUGCCAACUUCCCAAUAGGUCCUGUGACACCUGACCAUGCUGGGACGUACACAUGCUAUGGUUCUUACAAACAAACACCAUAUGAAUUGUCUGAAUCCAGUGACCCUGUUGACAUAAAGAUCACAGGUUUAUACAAGAAACCUUCUCUGUCUGCCCUGAUGGGAACUGUUGUGACAUCAGGAGAGAACAUGAUCUUGUCCUGCAUCUCAGACCAUCAGUUUGACAUGUUCCAUCUGUCCAUGAAAGGGGUGCCUCAGGGACAUGGUUUGCCUGCAGAGAAGAGCCACAGUGGGACAUUCCAGGCAAACUUCCUUCCUGUUCCUCUGAUCCAGGCAGAGACCUAUAGAUGCUAUGGCUCUUUCAGGAACUCUUCCCAUGUGUGGUCAUUCCCAAGUGACCCAUUGUACCUUUCUGUCUCAGAUAAUCACGGACUCCUGCAUAUCCUGAUUAGACUGUCACUUUUCAUGAUUGCUGUCUUCCUCAUCUUCAUCAUUUAUUCUUGGAGCUCUGCCAAAGGGAAUAUCAAGAAGCCAGAAGGAGACAUCGUAGAUGCAUCGAGCCUCCUACAACAUCCUGUAAGUUUUAUUCUGGCUUUGCCUCUUGUCAACGGAAGCAGCACCAUGCUGUCUCUGCACCUAAAUCUUGUGUGUACUGGCUUCAUCCUACUCCUGAGGACUUUGGCACAAGCAGGGAUUAAUAACAAACCUUCACUGUCUGCCUGGCCAAGCCAUAUAGUUCCUCAGGGACAGAAUGUGACCUUCACUUGUGACACUCACAGUGAGUUUAACAUAGUCAAGCUGUACAAAGAGCAUGGGAAUCCUAACAUUCAGGGCCAUAACAGAAUAUUCCGGAAGGAUCUUCUCUUGGGGCCUGUGACCCCAGCAUUUGGAGGAACCUACAGAUGCUAUAGUUAUAAACGUCAAUACCAUAAUGAUCUCUCAUCACACAGUGACCCUCUGAAGAUCAUAAUUUCAGGAAUCUACAGGAAACCUUUCCUCCUGGCCCUACCAACUCCUCUGGUAAAAUUAGAAGAGAAGGUGACAUUGAAGUGCCACUCAGAGAUUAUGUUUGACACUUUCAUUUUGACUUCACAUAGAAUGGGAAUAAGCAAGGACUCUUUCCAGCUCUCUGCAGAAACUCAUAUUGGGGGGUUCCAUGCCAACUUCCCAAUAGGUCCUGUGACACCUGACCAUGCUGGGACUUACACAUGCUAUGGUUCUUACAAACAAACACCGUAUGAAUGGUCUGAAUCCAGUGACCCUGUUGACAUAAAGAUCACAGGUUUGUACAAGAAACCUUCUCUGUCUGCCCUGAUGGGACCUGUGGUGACAUCAGAAGAGAACAUGACCUUGUCCUGCAUCUCUGACCAUCAGUUUGACAUGUUCCAUCUGUCCAUGAAAGGGGUGCCUCAGGGACGUGGGCUGCCCACAGAGCAGAGCCACAAUGGGACAUUCAAGGCCAACUUCUUUCCUGUUCCUUUGAUCCAGGCAGAGACCUAUAGAUGCUAUGGCUCUUUCAGGAACUCUUCCCAUGUGUGGUCAUCCCCAAGUGACCCAUUGUAUCUUUCUGUCACAGUAAACUCAUCAAGAAAUUUCACUUCAUCCACUGAACCAGACUCCAAAACUAAUAACCACAGGAUCCUGAAUAUUCUGAUCGGGCUGUCAGUUACCAUGCUGUCUGUUUUCCUUAUCAUCCUUCUUUAUUCUUGUUGCUCGGCCAAAAAGAGUAAGUCUCAGGAACAAGCCAGUGAAUGUCAUCUGAAUAUUGUGAGAAACCAGGACUGGAGAAAGACAGCAUACACUAAUAUCUAG